UUAUUAUAAUUAGUUUGAUACUUCCCUUUGUGAAAAUAAAUGCAAUAGGUCUGAGGAUUCCACAGACCUAUAUAUAAAGCUUAGGACAGAGAAUGGGUAAUUAAGUUGAGCCCCAUCAUGUAAUGAGAGGGUGAGAGGGAGACAGAGGACAACAAAAUGAUAAAAGCAAGGUGUUAGUCAGAGAAUGGGUUUGAGUUUAUUGCCAUGAGUUCCAAUUUCCGCAAGGAUUUAAAGAGUGGGCUGCUUUUUGUUGGUGUUGGAAGAAAAAAGGAUGAGCAAAUGAAGAUCUGCUGCUCAUGUUAAAGCAGACAAGAUUUGUCUGAACUGAAUUAAAAAGAGUAAGCUAACACAUUCAAAGGUUGUCUCCUAACUCUUCCUCUCCCUCUCACUGUGCGUUCUCUCUCUCUCUCUGUGGAGAAUGGAGGGAACAGGGCAAUCCUCAACAAGUGAACAGAAAUUGGGAAGGUUCAAAAGAGUGUGUGUAUUCUGUGGUAGCAAAGCUGGAUACAAGUCUACAUAUGCUGAAGCCACGGUAGAGCUUGGUAAAGUACUGGUUGAGAAAAAAAUAGACUUGGUUUAUGGGGGAGGAAGUGUAGGCCUAAUGGGUUUGAUUUCUAAAACUGUAUUUUCUGGAGGAAGUCAUGUUCUUGGAGUGAUUCCCAAGGCACUUUUGCCUCAUGAGAUAUCAGGCGAAACUGUCGGCGAAGUGAAAACUGUGGCAGAUAUGCACCAAAGGAAGUCAGAAAUGGCCAAACAUGCUGAUGCAUUUGUAGCACUUCCAGGUGGCUAUGGAACUAUGGAAGAAUUACUAGAGAUGAUAACUUGGGCUCAGCUAGGAAUUCAUGACAAGCCAGUAGGAUUGCUAAAUGUGGAUGGAUACUAUGACGGCUUGCUUGCCUUAUUUGACAAAGGAGUGGAGGAAGGCUUCAUAGACAAUUCAGCUAGGAAAAUAGUGGUAAUAGCAAACAUGGCUGAUGAGCUGAUAAAAAGAAUGGAGGAGUAUGUGGCUGUCCAUAACAAGGUUGCACCCAGACAAAGAUGGGAAGUGGACCAAUUAUCAGAGUCUACUCAAAGUGGGCAAUCCAUGAAAUCUUAGAUCUCAAUCACCAUCAUGCCAUUUGUAUAAAAAUCGGUUGUUGUGUGCUCAAAUUUGAUCAAUGAGAUUGCCAAAAGAUAGACCAAAUCUCUCUCUUUCUGUUAUCUUUCUCCAAAGAUCCUCAAUCUUUAUCAAUUAUUUGUAGAUCCUUAAAGAAGACCUGUAUUAAAUUCCAUUAAAAUCAAUGGAAUAGUAAGAUCUUUCUCUCUCAUGAGGCCAUUGACUAUAUUAAAAAAAAGGCAAGGGGAAACAAGCUCUACAAGCUGAGUGGUGCAAAAUAGGUGGGCAAAAGGCAAAUAAAGAGAAGACACUUUUGUAGGGUAGUGUUGCAAAAAGAAGAGACCCUCCAACUUGCCCCAUUGUACCAAGGUGCAGCAAAAAUUCAUUAUUGCAUUGUGGAAUCUGUGAUGUGUGGAUUGCAGUAUUUUGGAUUUUGGGUCUUUAUUCACUGAGCUUCUGUGAGCUGGGGCCCUCCCUAAGAGCGACCCAUUUGUUUCCUAGUGGCUUCUCUUCUCCACAAUUCCUUCGCAUUGACAUACUAAACUUAUUGCACAAUCUUUUCCUACUCCAUCAUGCAAUCAAAAAACACAUUAUUUUCUAGAA